UCUCAGUUUGCCAUGCGUGUAGUGACGGGACGAUUGGAUGUUUCGCAAUGAACGGUUGUCACUGCCGCAAGCGAUUUGAGUUAAUUAUUCAUUGUUGGCAUGAAGUUUGAUUUAUGAUGUACAAGUUUUAUUCAUAUGUUGUGUCAAAUGUUUUCAUCGCUGUCUGACGAAAUCUACUGAAUUAUUGCACUGGAGUUUGCAAUACCCGGAACCUAUACGCCGAACAGCUGAACGUCCGAUAGAUCUAAAAGUUCUGUCUUAACUUUAGAGAUCUCCCAUCAGUUGCCAUGUUCAGGUCGGGGAUAACGGUUUUGCCGCGAGGAGCACGGCACCUGCGACUGAAGGUGGGCGUGAGGUCACAGGUUGUCUUGUCCGACAUCCGUCAGUUCCAUACUUCUCCAAGAAGACCGAUUCCGCCAAUAUUCCUGAUAAUGGUGAAGCCGAUCGUGAAGAUUGGGGCAGCACUCACAGGAAGGGGUGUCCGUAAAUGGUGGCAGAGAUUACCAAGUGAGGAGAAGCGCAGUAUAUGGACACGUGUGAAGCAGAGUUGGCCGGUGUUUGCCGUCAUGGGUGGGGCAGGGGUUAGCUGGGCGUGGUACUACUACCAGUCACACAUGGUUGCCACACCCAUCACCAACAGGAAGAGAUUCAUGAUGUUCACACACGAUCAGAUGAUGAAGAUCUCCAAGGCAAGAGCACAGGUGGAGCUGGAUCGGUACGAAGAGCAGCUGAUUUCGGUUGAACACCCAGCUUUCCAGAAGAUCCUCAAGAUUGCUACAAGACUAGUGGAGAGUAACCCUGAUCUGAUGCAGAUGGAUGUUGAGAAGUGGCGGAUUAGUGUUGUUGAUUCUCCAGAUGUCAAUGCCUUCGUUGUACCGCAUGGACAUAUUUUCGUGUUUAUGGGAAUGACAAAGGUUGCUAGGACUGAAGACCAAAUGGCAAUAGUCCUUGGGCACGAGAUGGCACACACCCUUCUCUCUCACGCGGCAGAGAAUAUGAGCGUGGCCCAGCUGUUUGACGUAGCGAUCAUUGUCGUGAUGGGUGCAAUCUGGACCAUCAUGCCUAAUGACGGCAUCGCCUUGGUGACGCAGUGGUUCUACAACAGGGUGUUAGAUAUUCUGUUGUGCUUGCCGUACAGUCGCAAACUGGAGAAAGAGGCUGACAAAGUGGGGAUGCAGCUCGCUGCCAGGGCAUGCUAUGACGUCCGUGAAGGGAGCGUGGUCUGGAAGAGGUUCCAGAUCAGCGAAGACUUUGGAAAUGAAGAGAAGACUCCAGAAUGGUUGUCUACCCAUCCGGCCAAUUUGAAGCGAGCGGAGCAUCUGGAUUUCCUUGUGCCCGGAGGCAAUAAAGCUGCGUGCAAGCUGCAACUGUAAGCCGUUACCCGCAGACGAUCCCCGACAUCGACAUGAGAUACUGCAACAGUACGCAGAUGAUAGAAAGAUAGCUAUGAAGGCCGGGCAGGACCUGAGACUGGUGACAAAGAAGGCUCCCCGUCCUUCUACAUUAUGAUGCAGGUGUCAUCUAGUCAUGUACCCUCUGCUGGAAGAUGUAUAUUUUACCAGACUGUUUUACGUUGAGGACUGGCUCUUCGUCCAGUAGCGAUGCUGAAUUCAGUAAAGAGGGCAGAGUUGCUAAUCAGUACCAUUAGUGCUGAAUCAUGCAUUGCCCGAUUCUGCCAAUAAUGUUUAGUGAAAUUCAGCAAAAUGUAUUAGGGAUUAUUCAUAAUUUAUGGCUGGGGGGAUGAGGAUUUUUAUGGAGAAGCAUGUACAAUGUGAAUGACCUCCCCC